AUGUGGUGGCUAGAUCCGGGGAAGGAGGUCCUGAACGUCGCGCUCGCUAAUAUGACAUGCGCGCAGCUGUUCAACAGGAUCCUUGCGCCCUAUGUCGAAAACCUUGAUAUGAACCAAGUGGGAUAUGGUAUCGGACAAGCGGAUCCAGGCCAGUUGACGUUAAGAAACUUGCACCUCAGGAAGGGAGCACUGGACAAGUUCAGACUGCCCGUGGAUGUCCAGGAAGGUCAUCUUGGCAAGUUCACGCUCUCCCUCCAUUGGAUGAACCUCGGCAACCAACCUGUCGAAAUACUGGUCGAGGACGUGUAUCUUUUGGUCGUUCCAACGAACGCCGACAUCGAUCCUAAAGAAGAAGAAGCUCGCGCACAGGCGGCGAAAGCUGAGCGGCUCGAGAAUGCGGAGCUAUUGCACAUGAGGGGGCAGAGCGAUGGAUCCUCUGCAGACUCGCCCCAGCAACAGGGGCUUAUAGCGUCCCUCAUUGCGAAGAUCAUUAACAACGUCCAGGUGACCGUGAAGAACAUUCACAUACGGUACGAGGACAAGAUCAGCAUGCCAGGGCGCCCUUUCGCUGCGGGCCUGACUCUUGCCGGUUUCACUGCCGUGUCUGUGAACGGAAACUGGGAACCUGCGUUCAUCGAGAGCACCGCAGGUGCGAUUCACAAGCUCGCUCAACUUCAGUCUCUGGCUGUUUAUUUCGAUACAAACUCCGAGAGCAUCGCGGGCCUGCCCCUGGAAGAGUCUACGCGCACUUUCAGCAAGAUGAUUGCUACUGGCACGCACAUUCCUGAGCAUCAGUUCGUGCUGAAGCCCGUCUCCGGUGAAGGGCAUAUCACCAUGAACCACCAAAUCACCAAGGAAACCCCGCACUUCGACGUUCAGCUGCUUUUCGACGAACUGGGCAUCGUCCUCGACGAUGACCAGUAUCGGGAUGCUAUCUCGCUCGUGGAUAUGUACCACGUCUAUUUGAGGCAGCGCCAGUAUCGGAAGUUCCGACCCUCUGCUGAGGAUUUCGCUCGAAACCCCACACGCGCUCGCCUACGUUUUGCGGCUGCUGCUAUACUCGAAGAAGUUCGCGAACGCAAGCGCAAAUGGUCGUGGGCGUACUUCGCCGAGCGCCGAGAUGACCGAAACAGGUACAUCGAGCUCUUCCAGCGCAAGCUACUCAACGCACUGACCGCGGAUAAGGGACUCGAGGAAUUCCAGGCCUUGGAACGGAAGCUUUCGUACGAAGACCUGCGCUUCUACCGGUCUGUAGCGCGCUCUCGGAUGAAGAAGGACGAAAACUUGCGCAAGAGGCUAGAGGCCGAGAAGGCGAAAGAGCAGCCGCAGAAACAGUCCUGGAGCUCAUGGAUCUGGGGCUCUUCUGAGCAAUCGACGAGUCAAUCGGACGAAGAUGCUGCCUUCGGUGGCACCAUGACAGAGCAGCAGAAGAAAGAGCUCUACGACGUGCUCGACUACGACGAGAAGGCCGCUCUCACGGAGUCCCUGCAGAUGCCGCGCGACUCGCUCAAGCUCCGUGUCGCCGCCAUGCUGAAGAAGGGCUCCUUGGGUUUGAGGUCAGAUCCUCACGGCAAGAACAAGGAGAUCAUCUCCGUGGUCUUUAACGUACUUCAAGCGACUGUGCUGCAACGCCCGGACAACUUCGAGGCAUCCAUUGCGCUUGGGAAUAUGGCCGUCUUCGACGGCACGACGGAAGGCACUCUUUAUCCCCAGAUAGUCCAGGUCAAACACGCGGCGCUAGAGAGCUCCGAGAUGCUGAGCACUCAGGUCGAGGGCAAACCGUUGGACAAUUUGUUCGAGCAAGAUCCCUUCUUUUUCGUCAAGUUCGAGGCCAGCCCGCUGGACGAGCGUGCAGACAGUGCCGUGACCAUGCGUAUGCGCCAUAUGGAGAUCAUCUACCACAGAGGCUACGUCGAGGCGAUCUACAAGUUCUUCAAGCCGCCUGCUAGUCAGCUUGAGUCCGUCGAAGCCCUCUUGAGCGUUGCCUCACAAACUCUGGAGGGUCUUCGCAAAGAUACGAGAGCGGGUCUCGAAUAUGCCCUACAGAACCACAAGACGGUCGACAUCCAGAUGGACAUGAAUGCCCCGAUUAUCAUCAUACCUGAGAGCGUUGCGACGCAUGAGUGUACACAUCUCCUGAUCGAUGCAGGCCACAUUGCCAUCCAUAGCGAGCUGGCAGACAAGGACGCCAAAAGGGAGAUACACGCGAAGCGCAAGCAGCAAUACACGGACGAGGACUACAAGCGAUUGGAGUCGCUUAUGUACGACAAGAUCAUGCUUCGUCUCGAGGCUGCACAGUUCAUCAUCGGCAACGACUUGGAGUCCUGCAAGAAGGCGCUUACCGCGGAGCACGACACGCUACAUUUCCUAGAACGCAUCAACGUCAAUCUCCAGGCGCAAAACUCCAUCGCACCGACCGCCCUCAACCUGGCGCGCUUCAAGCUUGGCGGAACCCUCCCGCACUUGAAGUUGAACUUCUCCGAUAGCAAGUACAAGGCACUGAUGCGUCUCAUCGACGUCUGCAUACCGCAUCUCGACGACGACAACGACAACGAAGGAGCUCCAGCUCCACCGACGCUUCCCUCGAUGAAUCGCAGCGCGUCAGGGGGUCUAGCCCUGUUUGGAUCUCAUCCGGAGUACGACUUCGACGACAACGAAUCCGAAGACGAGCAAAACGAUGAUCAGGACGAAUUCUUUGAGGCGCACGAGCCCGACAUACCACAACCCGAGUUGCAUCAGAAGGUCUUCCAGCUCGAAUUCAGCGUCGACAACCUGCAGGCGGUCGUAUCGAAGGUUUCUCCUGACGGUUCCGAACGGCGCAUCGGAGAGGUCACAUUCGACCGUUUUGCCCUGCAGUUCGGUAUGGCCAAGUACGACAUGAAAGUGCACGUUCGCCUACGCUCCGUCGCAAUGGACGUCUUCCAAGCUGGUGCGAACCCAAUCCGAUUUAUGUCGUCUGUCGACAGCAAGAGCAUUAUGGCCGACGAUCUGCUCACGGUGGAUUACACCCGAGCGCAGAAGGCAUCACCUGAAUUCCUCACCGUCUAUGAGGGUAUCGACCAGAAUAUCGACGUCAAGAUCUCCACCUUCGUCUUCAAAGCCGCGCCUGAAGCGGUUCUGAUGCUCUACGACUUCAUCAUGACGACCUUCGUGCCGGACACGGGCAACAAUGACGAGCAGCAGGAUUCGACCGUCAAGAUCGGCCAGGAAUCAGAGCAGCCCGUGCAGGCUCCGGCGGAAGAUCAGAAGAUUCGUGUUCUGGUCAAGCUUGCCAGUAUCCAAGUUGCCUUCAGCAAUGGCGGCAUUAGCCUUGCGACGUUGUCCCUCUCCACUGCCGAUGUCUUUGUUUUGGUCCGGCCGCAGACUUUGCAUGUCGGUGGACGAUUGGGCAGCCUCUCACUCAGCAAUGACUCGUCGUUUGUCGUUCGGCCAGAGUACAGCCAGAUCCUGUCCAUUGAGGGCGAAGACUUCGCCGACUUUCAAUACCAGACGUUCGAUCCGACCGAUGCGUCGUACCAAGGCAUCAAGUCCCUGGUGACUCUGAAUACGGCGUCCGUCAAGUUCCAAUUCCUGGAGGGACCUCUGCACGGCAUCUACAUGUUCUUCGUCAAGCUCGCCAAAUUGAAAGGUCUCUACGACGCAGCGACACAAGCUGCAGUACAAUCUGCACCGGACGUCGAGCGCAUGCAGUUCAAGAUAUCGAUCAAGUCUCCCAUUGUCGUUUUCCCGACAGAUCCCGAGCAUUCCCGAGACAAUCUGGUGAUGCGCCUCGGUGAGAUAUCUGCGAGCAACAAGUCCGAGCAGGCCAAGACGACCGUGUCUGCUAGUCUCCGCGGGCUUCAGCUGGUUUCCAACAUGUACCGCGACGACGACACGUCGACUCUCAAGAUCAUCGACGAUAUCGCAGUAACGGCAACUGUGGUUCAGUCUGAGGGUAUCGACCGCUCUCGGGACAGUGCGCAUCCCGACACUCAGGUUGCGGUGGACAUAUCCGACGUGCGACUGCAUCUUACUCAAACGCAAUAUGCCGUUCUACUUUCUCUUGCUCAAGCCAUUCCUAAGGUCUUUGAGACCUCUUCCGAUCUAGUUGACGUUGGAUCCCUGCCAGCAACUCCUGUCCGCGCAUCGCCCCUCAGCCUGCCGUCCCCUGCUGAGCCUUCGGCUUCGCUUGAACCCGAACUCAAAGCAGAUGCGCCAACCAGUCAUACGACAAUAGAGCUGACCGUCGACGUCGAGACAGUCAAACUGCAUCUGUAUGACAGUGGCGCUUUCGCCGAGCAAGACCUGAAGGGCCACGGCAUCGCUCGCUUCGCGCUGAAUGGUAGCAAUCUGCGUAUGAAGCAACUGUCGAACGGCGCCGGCGAAGCCCAGGUCGUAUUGAAGUCUUUCACCGUGAGCAAUACGCGGCCGGGGAGCACAAAAUUCCGAGACUUCAUUCCAGCCGCUCAGCACGAAAGGAAUCAGUUCAUGCUUCUGUACACGACUUCCGGUGGUUCCAACAACAACGCCCUCGCCGUCCUGACGAUCGACGCGCCUCAAAUCAUCUUCGCUAUUGACCCUGUCUUCGCCUUGGCUGAGUUCUUCACGUCAGGACUACCGAAGUCCGAUGAAGCCGCGGUCGUAACACAGCCCGAAGCGUCAACACGGGAUUCACAUACGGUGACCCAGCAAGGCUCGUCCACUGAUUUCCGCCUCGAUCUCCAUGAAGUCUCCAUUGUGGUACUUGAAGACGACACGGACUCCGAGUCACAGGCGAUCAAGUUAGGCAUCGACCAGAUACAGGUGUCGCAGCAGGGCAUCCUCGCUUUGUCGGUCAGCAAGCUUGGCAUGUCGCUUCUUAGGAUGGGCAAACCGUCUGAAAGCGUGCGAUUCUUGGACGAGUUCGACGCGACAUUGACGAUGGAUACUCGACCAACGACAGCGCAGCAGAUGACCAACUUGGAGAUUGCCUGCAAACCCAUCGUCUUCCGAGCUUCUCAUCGCGACAUCAACCUCAUCUCCUCGAUAGUCAACAAAGCUAUUUCACUAUACAAUGCCUCUCAGCCCCCACCAUCUCUCGGAGACAAAGAUGUCAUGCAGACGAGAGAAAGCCAUGGCACCUCUGGCAGGAACAGCAAAGUCACGAGAAGCAGGAACUCGGGACAGCCGCUCGGGAAGGCCCAUCUGCUCACUUCGAAAGAGCAGUUCACAGGGUCAUUCGACGGCUUCCGAUUGGUGCUCAUUGGUGACAUGCACGAGCAACCUAUGCUUCAUUUGAGGGUGAAGCCGUUCAACGUGAACGUUCGUGAUUGGACGGGCGAGCUAAAGGCGCAAACAACGAUCGCCCUGCAGAUAGGCUACUGGAAUCUUACAAACUCGCAUUGGGAGCCUCUGAUCGACCCCUGGACAUUCACAGCAUCCAAUGGUGGUCUGCAUGCCAGCUUGGCCUCGCGCGAACGAUUGGACAUCAACUUAAGUGCUACCUUUGCUGAGCUUGCUCUCUCGUCCUUGAACACCUGGAAUGCGGAGGGGGAGAACAUGAUGCGUCGUGGUCGCGGAAGCUACGCGCCAUAUCGUAUCCGCAAUCGCAGCGGAUCGCCGAUCUUCAUCUGGGCCGACAACGACUCCAACGCUGACACCAAGGACGUUGCCGCCGUACGGAUACAGAACGAUGAGACUGUCGACUGGAGGUUUGACGAUUGGAAAACUAUGCGUGAACACGUUUCAAACUCGUCGCAACAUAGCAUUGGUGUGCAAUUUAUCGGCAAAGGUUGGGAGCAGGUCAGAACCGUGCCCGUCGAUCGCGAAGGGGAAUUCGUCUUCUCUCUUCGUCCGCGAACAGACAGGUUCCCCAAUCGCGUCCUAUGCGAGGUCAAAGUAGUCGACAACGUCAAGGUCGUCACCAUUCGGUCCACCUACAAGAUCGAGAAUCGCACUCUAUAUCCGUUGGAGAUCACGCUGGUCAACGCGUCUGGGCAUCCUGCUUAUCCAUUAGAGAAAAUCGCUCCCGGAGAGGACUACGCCCUUCCCAUUGAAGCGGUGAUGCAGACGCGAGUUCGCAUUCAGCCGGAUCAGGGCUUUGGCUACAAGUGGUGUUCUGCCAUCCGCUGGGAAGACCUUGUGGCCCGGCAAAGCUUUUCGAUCAAAUGCGCACACUCUGACCCACAUGAAGCCGCAUUCCGCUUCCAAGCAUCGGUGCAGACCGACGCUCGAGAUACUGCGGCUCGACGGUACCCCAAGAUUACGCUGCGACUCUGCGCACCCAUCGAACUCGAGAAUUUGCUGCCGUACAACAUUCAGUAUCGCGUCUACGACAAGAAUGCAGAUCAGAACUGGCGCAGUUACCUGCGAAAGGGUGGUGUCAUGCCCGUGCAUUCGGUAGACCUUGGACACCUGGUACUGCUCAAUAUCGACGUGCAGGACACGGACUUCAAGCCAUCCGAAUUCUCCAUCGUGAAUACCGACGCGCACUCAGAUUUCGAGAUCGAAGACCACUUGACUCUACGAGACUUGCAAGAUCGCAAACUGCAGUUGAGACUGAACUACAUUCGCUAUCCCGAGUCGGGUGGUGCUUUCAAGGUACAGAUAUACGCACCGUAUCUACUGGUCAACAAGACCUCCAUGCCUUUCGUGGUCAAGUCCGUUCGCGCCAACAGAGCCUUGGGUGCGCAAGAAAUGGCGGGCGACUACUCUCCUGCGAAAUCCUCUCAACGCACUGCAUUCCUGCUGUCACACGGUGGCGAGAGCGAUCAUGAAUUCGCCUUCAAGUUUGGGGAGUCUGAGUGGUCAAAGCCGCUCAGCUUCAAAGCACCCGCGGCCGAGAGUGUGCUCGUUAUACCGUCCCAGAAGCGGAAAGGAGAAGAGGUUCAGACGGGCAUCACAUGGACGGAAGGCUCAGGCAAAUACAAGCUCACCAAGGUCAUCACUGUGGCGCCCCGUUUCAUCGUGAAGAACAACCUUUCGCAUCCUCUGGCGGUACGGGAGCAUGGGGUCGGGCUGAGCGACAAGUCUAUCCUUGAGCCGGGCAAGCGCUUGCCUCUGCUUAGCGUGCGUAAGGGACCGUCUAAGCUUCUGACGGUCGCUUAUCCAGGAGUUAACGCGAAAUGGUCCCCGCCGCUGAACAUUGGCGAUAUCGGGUCGGUGUAUCUACGACUGACUGAGCCUGAACAAUCAUCAGGAGGCAUCCUGAUUCGCGCCAACGUCGAUGUCAGUGGGUCGACUAUCUUCGUCACCUUCAAUUCGGCAGAGGAAGGGUAUCCCAUCGUCAUCGACAACAGGAGCGACUAUGCGUUCACUUUCCGUCAGAUCGUAAGUUGGAGCCUCAAGAUCUUCACUGCCAAUUAUGCUGAACGUCAUGUCCAGGCGUCGCAUCCAGAGGACCGCAUACCGCAGGCCGAAGUGUACGAGCUAGCGCCGCACUCUCAGAAGCCCUAUGUCUGGGACUAUCCUGCAGCCAAGGACAAGAAGAUCGUACUAGUUCAUCAAGGUCGUGAGCGAGUUGUAGAUGUAAUGGAGAUAGGCGAUCUAGUGCCCUGGAAUCUAAACCUUCCGAGUCGCCGCAACGAUCGUGUCGUGUCUCUCGACGUGCGCGCGGAUGGGCCGCGACAGAUACUCGAGAUCAGCAACUACGUCGAAGAGCUCAGUGUGUACAAGCCACGGCCCCGCAGUAAUUCGACCGCUACCAGGCAAGACAGUCUAUCUAGCACCGAGGCGUUCGAGGCGGUCAGCGACGAGGUCAAGCCAAACCUGACUUUCGAUAUCGACUUCGAGGGCAUCGGUAUAUCGCUCAUCAACAAGAAGCUGACCGAGGUUGUUUACAUGACGCUCACGCAACUCAAAUUCGAGUACAGCGACAGCCCUGUUGCGCAGGCUGUCAACCUGACCUGCGGAAGUGUACAACUGGAUAACCAGCUUCACGACGCAAUAUACCCUGUCAUCUUGCAACCUACACCGAUACCAAAGGAGGCCAACGGUGUGGCCGGGUUGCCGACGAUCCAGAGUUCGCUCAUGUGGCUCAAAGACCAAGAGCAUGGCGUUGUCUUCAUCAAGUACUGCUCCGUGCUGCUGCAGGCGCUUACUAUCGAAGCCGACGAGGACCUACUGUUCUCCAUAUACGAUUUGACACAGAUCAAUGGCGCUUGGUGGGAAGAGAAUGCACAGGAUGUCCUUAUCGACAACUUGGACGACGUCGCAGAGCCAACAAAGGUCGCCGAAGGGACAAACUUGUAUUUCGAGGUGCUGGAGCUGCAGCCCAUCAAGUUGUACCUCUCGUUCAUGCGAACAGAGCGAGUUAGCAGCGAUCAAAAGCUCAGUCUUCGUAAUCCUUUGGCCGUCGUUAUCAAUGCAAUCACAAUGGCGGUCGGCAAUAUCAACGACGCCCCACUCGAGAUGAACGCUCUAGCCAUCAAGGAUAUGCGCCUGACGCCACCCGAGUUGACUUCGCGCAUCUUGUAUCAUUAUCGUCAGGACGUACUCCGCCAGCUCUAUCGUAUCCUGGGCUCCGCUGAUUUCAUCGGCAAUCCUGUUGGAUUGUUCACGAAUGUGAGCUCUGGCGUCGCGGACAUAUUCUAUGAGCCUUUCAACGGGGUGGUCAUGCACGGCAACUCCGAAUUGGGCAUUGGAAUCGCCAAGGGAGCUGCAAGUUUCGUCAAGAAGACGGUCUUUGGAGUCAGCGAUAGCUUCACGAAGUUCACCAGCAGUGUGGGGAAAGGUUUAUCCGUCGCGACAUUCGAUUCGGAGUAUCAGGCUCGGCGGAGGUUGAACCAGAGGCGCAACAAGCCGCGACAUGCCAUCUAUGGUGUUACCGCAGGUGGAGAAGCACUGGCCAAUAGUGUCGCUAGCGCGAUGGAGGGUGUUGUGAUGAAACCGAUAGAAGGUGCUGAAAGCGAGGGCGCAUUGGGCUUUUUCAAAGGUGUGGGGAAGGGCAUAGUCGGUAGCGCCGUCACCAAGCCUGUCGUAGGUGUCUUCGAUCUGGCUUCGAACGUUUCCGAAGGAAUACGCAACACAACCACGGUCUUCGACAAUCCCGAGAGGGAUAGAGCACGCCUAGUACGUCUCGGCCACUGUCCUUCACAAUAUCAUAUACUCAGUGCUACUCAGCCUCGCCAUAUCCCACCCGAUGGUGUACUACGUCCAUACUCCGCGCGCGAAGCCAUGGGUCAGUAUUGGCUGAGGGAUCUUGAGAAUGGCAUGUUCCGGAACGAAUCCUAUGUCGCGCAUAUCGUGUCUCCCGGAGGCGAGACCAUCAUCCUACUCACCACGAACAAAGUGCUAUCCGUCGCCGCCAAGAGAUUACGCCUCGACUGGGAAUUGCCAUUCGCCCAAGUCGCCGGUGUCACGGUCGAGGACAACGGGAUCCGCUUUCAGCACAAAGCUGGCAAAGAGCAAGACAAGUUCGUGUACAUCCCAGACAAGUCCUCGCAGUCUUGGUUCUUCGGCGAGAUAGCUUCCGUGGUGAAAGCGCACAACGCUCGACGUCGUAUGGACGGUUAGUGGUAUCGGACCUUCGUGUAUGAUUUGUACUUGACCUGUUGGAUAUCUUUGCUCGCCGUACCGUUGUUGCUUUCAUGGGUUCGAGUGUAGCCGUCGAUGCAGCCAAUGGCAAAUACGCAUAUCCAAGAUUAUAGAUGUACUUUCACUACCGAGGAUGGCUGGUGAGGAUGAAGGUGAAUGAGUGGGUGUCGGCAGCGCCUUAGAAGUAUCUACGACGAAACGUAGA